AUGUCAGAUAUUUAUGGUGAUAUUCUUAAAGCUCAGCAAAAGCAAGGUAACUUAGGUGGUAAAGCUGCUCUUGAUGAAGCUGAAAAGAGAAAUAAGGCCAAUGAAAAAAACAAAGCACCAAAAGAUAAAGAGGGAGAUUGGACCUAUAAUCUUUACAUUGACAAUGGUAUUGUCCUUGAUGGCACUGAUGGAAACGGUUUAAGUGAUCCAUACGUUGUUUUGGUUGCUUUAGGCCCAAAUAAUAAAAGUAAACAAGUUUACAGAUCUAGUGUACAAAAGAAAACUUUAGAGCCAAGUUGGUCUGAAAAAGGAACCAUGAAAUUCAAAGAUACCUAUACACAAUUAAGAGUAGAGCUUUGGGAUCAAGAUAUCAUUGGUAGAAAUGAUUUUAUUGGUUCAAAUAUAAUUGAUGUCAAAAAUCAUGGUGCUGCACAAAAAUUCGAUACCGAGGUUUAUAAAGAAAAAGAUGGUUCAAAAGACUUGACCGGUUCUGUUAAAUUCCAAUUUGAAAAAGUUGGUGCAUCCAUUAUUGGCACUGGUAAAUUUGGUGCCUAUUAA